AUGAACACCGUCGUUGCUCAGUUGCAGAGACAAUUCCAAGACUACAUCGUUUCUCUUUAUCAACAGGGGUUUCUGGAUAAUCAGUUCACAGAGUUGAGAAAUUUGCAAGAUGAAGGAACCCCUGACUUUGUGUCUGAGGUUGUCUCUUUAUUCUUUGACGACUGUGCAAAGCUUAUAAAUAACAUGUCUAGAUCGCUGGAGCAGCCAGAAAAUGUGGAUUUCAAACAGGUGGAUUCAGGGGUGCAUCAACUCAAGGGUAGUAGCUCAAGUGUUGGUGCAAGGAGGGUCAAAAAUGUGUGUAUUUCCUUCAAGGAAUGUUGCGAUGUUCAUAACCGUGAAGGGUGUUUAAGGUGUUUGCAGCAGGUGGAUUAUGAAUAUAAGAUGUUAAAGACCAAACUUGAGGAUCUAUUUAAGCUAGAGCAACGGAUCCUCCAAGCUGGAGGUACGAUUCCUCAGGUGGAUAUAAAGUAG